GAACAAAUUUUGUAAUUGAAAAGUAUUUAAUUAUGGGAUCUAGUGACUCAAGAUCGCAGUUUGAGCAUGGGCAUAUUGUUGUUCAGACUAGCAAGCCUUACUUUACACCAGGAGAAGAAGUUACAGGGAAUAUUUACCUCUCGAUGGACCAGCCCUUUCCAGCAACAUCACUAGAACUUGAGAUUAAAGGUAAGGAAGAAGUGAAAUGGAAGAUUAGGAAAAAUUCAAGCUCUAGUAAUUCAAGUCAUAAUAGAUAUCACUAUACAAUAAAGAUGGAAGAUAAAAAGCAAAUAUUUUUCUUCCAAGCAACUAUCUACGAGUUCGAGGAUGAGACUGUUUAUGCUGGACAAUACGACUUUCCCUUUAAGUUCCUUCUCCCUGAAGAUCUUCCAUCUAGUUGAUACUUCAGCAGCUAUAGUCAAAAAGCAAGAGGAAUGGCUCAAUACAAAAUAAAGGCAUCUCUUAAGUGCAAUACUGAUGAUAUGAAAGAUAUGGUAUUUAAGCAAACAUUGAUCAUCAGGCAGCAACCGGAGUCAAUAGAGAUGUCAACUAAGGCUGACUACAACGCUAAGGUGUACAAGUGCUGCUGUUGUUGCUCCGAAGGAACUGUCACAAUGCAGUCAGAGACAGACAAAACCAUCUAUACUCCUACUGAAACUGUGAAAAUUAUUGGAAAUAUUGAUAAUAGUAAUAGCAAGAAGGACCUCAAGAAGAUCAAAGUACAGCUUGUGCAAUGAGUAAAGAUGUACGGCAAGAGAAGAAAGAGGGAUCUUCUAAAGACUGCCUUUAACGACCCAUCAGAUUUCUUGUUCACAGCUGGGGACUCAGAAUAUAAUCAAGAAUUUGUUGUAAUGGAGAAAGAAUACCCAGGCAUAAAGAAAGGAGAAAUGACUGAUGAAGAGAGCAAUCAUAUGGAACUUAACCUUGCUGAAUAUGGCCAAGAAGCCUACAUUGACAAUUCAGAUGAGGAAAAUGAAGGAGAGCAAUCACAUGCUUCUCUUGAUCAUGAAAUCUUAGCUAAGGAUGAUGAGGCUCUUAGAGAAAGAAUCCAGCCUACAAGUAUUGGAAAGAUAAUCCAGAUCACGUAUAAGCUCAAGAUUACUGGAGAUUACGGAACUUGUUGCGGGUGUUCGGACCCUCAAACCUCUAUUGAUUUAUUCAUAACUCCUCCAAAGCUACCAAGCUAUCAGGUCUUAGAACCUCCACCUAACUGGAACCCCGAAAUUUUUGAGAGUAAGAACUUUACAGAUCCAGUAUCUGCAGGCGAAGAAGUCUAG